CAACCAGGUUAGUAAGAUUAAGCUAUGAGUGAUAUCAACUUAUUUGUAACUUCAAACUUGACUUCUUCUGAGAGAAGAAUAUCUCCACAAUGGACAUUGGGGUUUCUUAAGCAGAAACUAGAAUUGAUAACUGGGAUCAAACCUGAGAAUCAAACCCUUCAUUAUUAUCCAAACCAACAAUCAAACGAAUAUACUCAACUUUGCACUUCUGAAACAUUUGAUCCGCAACGUGACGAACAAGAAUUUGUCGGUUCGUUGGAUCUAAAGCCAUAUAGUCGAAUCCACGUCAUUGAUGCCGACCCUGAAUCUGCCGUUAAUGAAUUGUCUAAUCAAGAUACCGCCGAUGUAGAAAUGGCUGCCGGGGCUGAAUUUAAAUUGUCUGAAGCCGACUAUGCUAAAAGACAAGAUAGUGUGUUGCAGUGGAAACAAGCAAACAGAUUAGGAAGAUUCGAUCCUAAUUACGAGGUUUUGCAACAAAAGGAACAACGUGAGAAUGCGGAAAAGAUUGGUAAAAUGAAAGUUGGUGAUAGAUGUAGAGUAAUUAAUAUUGAGGGAGAAAGAAGAGGAGUUGUUAAGUUUAUUGGAAAGGUUGAUAUUAUUGAUGAAGGAAAGAGUGAUUGGAUAGGGAUUGAAUUUGACGAACCUGUAGGGAGGAACAACGGAUCUAUCAACGGGGUUAAGAUCUUUGAAUGCAGAAACAAACAUGGUAGUUUUGUUAAACCAAAACAAGUUGAGGUUGGUGAUUUCCCAGAAUUAGAUCCGUUUGCUGAUGAUCUGGAUGAAGAAUUGUAAGGAAAACACAAGAUGUGUAGUGUAAAUAACGUCAAAUACAGUAUAGGUAACUUAAUGAGCGAUUUUAUUUUUUUGUUUUGUUUUAAUAUAUCUCCGUAGAG